AUGUCCUUGAAAAGUUUGGCACCACGUGUGGGCUUUAGGAAGUUUUUGAUCAAGUCUAAAAACUGUGUAUCUGUUUUAAUUAGCUUUGAAUACUGCCAUCUCGUGUACCUUUAUCAAAACAGAUUCCAUCCUGGACAAGGAUUAGUACUGUAUCCAAAGAUUGGAGAUAAACUGGAUAUUAUAUGCCCAAAGGUGGACUCUAAGAUUGGUGGUCAGUAUGAAUACUACAAAGUCUAUAUGGUUGAGAAAGACCAAGCAGACAGCUGUACUGUUAAAAAGGACAACACUCCUCUGCUCAACUGUGCCAAGCCUGAUCAAGAUGUUAAGUUUACCAUCAAGUUUCAAGAGUUUAGCCCUAAUCUCUGGGGUCUAGAAUUUGAUAGAAACAAAGACUAUUACAUCAUAUCAACAUCCAAUGGAUCUCUUGAAGGCUUGGAUAACCAGGAAGGAGGUGUAUGCCAGACAAAAGCCAUGAAGAUCCUUAUGAAAGUUGAACAAGUUCCCAAUUCUGGUGGGUCCCCAAAUAAUGCUGAUCCAACUAAACGCCCGGAACAGGAAGCUGGUACCAACGGGAAAAGCUCCACAACAAGUCCCUUUGUAAAGGAUCAUGCAGGUCCCAACUCAGAUGGGAGCAAAGCUGGACAUUCCAGUAUCCUUGGUUCAGAGGUGGCCUUAUUUGCAGGGAUAGCUUCAGGGUCCAUCAUAUUCCUCCUCAUCAUCAUCACACUGGUGGUUCUUUUGUUGAAGUAUCGAAGGAGACACAGGAAGCAUUCGCCUCAGCACACGACAACUUUGUCGCUUAGUACAUUAGCAACCCCCAAACGCAGUGGGAACAACAACGGGUCUGAACCCAGUGACAUUAUCAUCCCUCUGAGGACUGCAGAUAGUGUCUUUUGCCCUCACUAUGAGAAAGUCAGUGGUGACUAUGGACAUCCUGUGUACAUAGUUCAAGAGAUGCCCCCUCAAAGCCCAGCAAACAUUUAUUACAAGGUCUGAUUAAACACUCAGUGUGGUUCCUGUUUUGAAACUCUCUCUCUGUCUGGUCAAAUGCUAUCCAUGACACAGAGGUUGGGGAUUGUGAUGAGCCACUUUGUGGGUUCCUGGACCAGAUGCAGAGGAGGGAACAGCAAGCUCCACCCUAUUACAGAGAGCUGCUUUGAGGGGGCAGUUUUCAAGUCUGUAGAAUUCCUGUCUUGGUGAACAAGCAUUUACUUGGAAGCUGGAAGAAGUCACAUAGAAGAUUCCCAUAGCAAUUGCUGUUCGUUCAUCACCUUCUAAGCCAUGUGCUGUAGGCAUUCAGGCACGUACAAAAAACCCCCAGGGAUGAUGGAGCAACUCGCAGAUACUAAUGGUUUUAGGCAUUCUAGGAAGAGAGUCUUAAGUCAUCAAGCUUGAAAUGCAGCCCUGUGACUUUGUGUGUGCUUCUCUUGGUGCUCAUGGAUUUGUCUUACAAGACCUCUGCUUUUAAGUAAGAUUUUACACUUUUUUGUUUGUUUUAGUCAGUCCCUGUGACAUUUUACUUCAACCAAACAACAUUCUGUCAUCCUUCAUAUGAAAAUUUAUGCACUCCAUACCAUGCAUUGCUUUUGGAAAAGUGAUUUUUCUAAAAAUUAUUUUUACCAUUCCAUAUUCCACCUAUUUGUGAAAGCAGCCUUACUUGAAUGGAUAAUGCUUUGGGAGAGACUUUGGGCUUGCUGAAAGGAGAUCUUCCAACCAAAAGCUAGCUUGUCAGCCGAAUCCACAAUAGAAGUGACAUGUGGCAGAAGAGAGAGGGAAGGGCUGAAAGAAUGCUACUGUCUCUGGAAUAUCAACUAGACAAAGCUAGACAAUUUAAAUAGCACAGCACUUUGAUAUCCGGAGUUCAAUGAAGAGUGUUAACACACAGCAAUAGGAGCAGCUGAUUAGGGUCUGUACUUGAAGGAUGCCAAGGUUUUCUCAAAUUGUAACUUGCAGGAGAAAAUAGUUCUCCCACAAAGUAGUGCAAGUAAAUUAAUGUGCCUGGAAGACAAGACAAUGGAAGGCUGCUGGUGAUAUAUUAGGGCACGACUGCUGUGGUACUUUACCAGCAAUAAGAUGUACAGCUUUGAAUUAGCUGUAGCAAAAUCUUGGUCUGCUUCAAAUGAUUUUUUUUUUAAGCAGACACAGCUGCUAUUACUUAUCAUAUUUUAUCUAAUCAUAGGGAAAAAGAAAACAGCAACAUCUGACAUAGACAAAUCACAAGCUUAAUGGUCGAGAGGGCUAUAAUUCCAUCACUUAAAACAAAGCAUUCACAUCUAUAUUAAAAUUGGUCAGGAUUGUAUUUUUCCUUCAAUCAAGCCUUUUGACAUUCUGAUUUUUGGCAGUGCAUUUUGAGUUAGUCUUGUACUGCCAUUCGUGGGAUUUUUCUCUUUCUGAAAUAAAGCACAUAUGGUAAACCACUUGUGAUCCACAAAGAUGCAACACAUUCAGCUACAAGAAGGGGAGGUAUAAUGUGACUUAUUUAUAAUAAGUGUAUAGAACCCAAGGGAUGUAUGGUAGCAGAUUUUGUUCAGAUUACUAAUAUAUCUAUAUAUUGAAAUUGCACAGAAUCCUUACAGAAGAUGUGAAAUUCCUCUAUGACCAUGAAAUCAAUCUGGCUACUUCUGGGGGAAAAUAAAUCUUUUAACUCCAAAAAGAACAAUAUUGAGAAGAAAUGUAAAAAUAAUCAAGCCCUCUUAGCUGUCUUACAUAACCAGUAGACUAGGAAACAAAGCCCCUGAAUCAUGAGAUAAGUGUAUAACUACACAAUGUAUUUUAACAAGAUAUUCUGAUAUGGCUUUUCUUUUUUUGUGCUGUGUUUUCCCGCCUUGCCUUAUGAGAUGGAGUAUUUUUUGAGCUGGAUACCAAUAGGAAAGUUUACUAUAAAGUUCCUGCUUUGAAGCAUAGUUGUUGUUCUCCUCCAACCUCUGCACCCUGGGGGACAUAAAUCUACUUUUUUUUAAUGUGCUAUGCAAAAUAGAUGUCUUAUCACAUAGUCCUGUUACCAUAGCAACACUUCACUUUCUGGACUCAAAAGAAGUUGUAGCUGCAGCAUUUUAAGGUUCUCAACUUCCACAGAGCACAUGC